CCUAUGGGGAAGGCCUAUAUUGUCAUCUUCCAGGCCUUGUUUCUGGAUCUUGAGAAAAGUAGGCUGUGGAGCUAGUGAUAGCGAUGCUUUUUAGGGUAAAUGUAUGUAGGUAUUGGGGGAAGGGAGGGAUCAAUCGAAAAGGAAUGGAAGUGGUUUAAAGGUCGUAUUUCAGUUUUUGCUGUUCAUAUAGAGUCCAACUUCUGAGUUACUUAUUUACAGGCUCUAAAGCUUCUCCAGUCUAAAAAUAUCUGUAAAGUAAACUUGCAUACAAACAGUAGAUUAAAAAUGCAGCUUGUAACCUUGUUUUUUUAAUUCUAUUCUUCAAAGCAUUUUUUUAGCCACCCACAUCCUACCAAAUAGUAUUACUUUUAGUUAGAGCUGAAAGGGCUCACCUAGCAUUUGCCAUUAAUGACCAGUAUGUGGAGUCUGACUUAGCUUUCCACAAUUGACUUUUUGGGUCAAAUCAUAGUCCUAAAUGAUGAAUGUUGAAUGAUGCACUAUGUUUUUGUUUAAAUGAAACUUCCUGAAAAUGAUUAAUUUCAGAAUUAAGGAGAAAUUGAUGUUGCUGUCAUGAGGCAUAAUAAAAAAAAAUACAUUUUUAAAGUUGAAGGCAUUUCAAUCAGAUAUGGUUCUUGAUGAAGCAGAAAGAACAUGAACCUGGGAUUUGAAGACCUGGCUUCUAGCUGCUACUAAUCAACUCUAUGACUCUAGGAAAGUGGGCCUCAGUUCUUUUCUCUAUAACAUGAGGACACUGGACUAUUUAAAUUCAGAAUUCAGAAAGUUGGGAGGGGUCUUAAAGCCCUCUAAGAAAGAGUUUGGGAAUGUUCUCCAUUGCUGUCACUUUUCCUCCAAAAAUAACCUGGCUUGUAAGUCAUUGGUGCAAAAGGAAUUUGACUCCCCAUAGAAAUUGGAGAGAAGAUCAUGCAAGUAGAGGGGAACAGCUAUAUUUCUGCUUGAGUAAUAAACCUGCUAAUAGAUUCCAGUACGAAUUUUGGAGACAUAAAGAGAAUGAGUGUAUGUACUCUAAGUGUACCAGUUUCCUCGCUCUCUCCUGGCAGAAGAUGCAGCACUUUUAGUGGUGCUGGCAUUUUGGGAUGUGUUCCUAUUAAUUCUAAUACAGAUGCAGAAGUUGUGGUAGAGGGAAAGAUGGUGGCAGAAGGAGUGGAUAAAGAGGCAAAAUUGCCUGCUAAAAAGAAAAGAAAGAAGGCUUUGCGGAUUAAGGGGAAAAGGCGCCGAAAAAAAUUGAUCCUUGCCAAAAAGUUUAGUAAGGAUUUGGGAUCUGGAAGGCCUGUUGCAGAUGCCCCAGCUUUGUUAGCUUCCAGUGCCCCCGAGCAGGAUGAAGAAAGUCUUUUUGAAAGCAAUAUAGAAAAACAAAUCUAUCUACCUAGUACCAGAGCCAAGACAUCCAUUGUGUGGCACUUCUUUCACGUUGACCCCCAGUACACCUGGCGGGCUAUUUGUAACCUUUGUGAAAAAAGUGUCAGCAGAGGUAAACCAGGCAGCCAUCUUGGUACAUCUACUCUUCAACGACAUCUGCAGGCAAGGCAUUCACCUCACUGGACCAGAGCCAACAAGUUUGGAGUCACUAGUGGGGAGGAGGAGUUUACCUUGGAUGUAUCUUUAUCUCCCUCUUCUGGAAGCAGUGGAAGCUUUGAAUAUAUUCCUAGUGAUCCAUUAGAGGAUAAUAGAAUGGGUAAGAAACGUGGUAAAUCAGCAUCUGAUGCCUUGAGGGCAGAAAGAGGGAGAUUUCUCAUCAAAAGUAACAUUGUCAAGCAUGCUUUAAUUCCUGGAACCAGAGCCAAGACAUCUGCAGUUUGGAAUUUUUUUUAUACUGAUCCUCAACACAUCUCGAGAGCUGUGUGUAAUAUAUGUAAAAGAAGUGUGAGCCGAGGUAGGCCUGGUUCCCACUUAGGAACUUCAACACUUCAACGACACCUGCAGGCCACACAUCCCAUCCAUUGGGCUGUUGCCAACAAAGACAAUGGUGCUGUUGGAGAUGGAUUAGAUGAAGCAGAGACUGAGAGAAAUGAUCUCUUGAGCGAUACUUUGCAUGGGGAGAAGUCUACAGGCAGCCAAGAUUUAACAGCUGAGGACCUUAGUGACUCUGAUUCAGAUGAGCCUCCUGUGUUAGAGGUUGAAAAUAGAUCUGAGAGUCCUAUUCCUCUUGCAGAACAAGACACUCUGAUGCAUGCACAGGAGAGAGAAACAACAUAUUGUGAAAAUCCAGUCUCAAGUCGAAUAAGUCAGGCAAUUAUUCAAAUGAUUGUGGAGGAUAUGCAUCCUUACAAUUACUUCUCAACCCCAGCCUUUCAGAGGUUCAUGCAGAUUGUGGCCCCUGACUACAGGUUGCCAUCAGAGGCUUACUUUUUCACUAAGGCUGUACCUCAGUUAUAUGAUUGUGUCAGAGAAAAAAUUUUCUUAACUUUAGAGAAUGUUCAGAGCCAAAAGAUCCACUUGACUGUUGACAUAUGGACCCAUGACCCAUCCACUGACUAUUUCAUUGUGACUGUACACUGGGUCUCUUUGGAAACUGCACCUUCUCCCAAUAAUGACAGGAUUCCCAACUUCAGAAAAUGGGCGGUGCUUUGUGUUAUAGGGUUGGCCAAAGACUGUUUGGUAACCAACAUUUUACAAGAAUUAAAUGACCAGAUUGGUCUGUGGCUUUCUCCUAAUUUCCUUAUCCCUAGCUUCAUUGUCUCUGACAAUUCUUCUAAUGUGGUACAUGCAAUCAGAGAUGGUGGUUUUACCCACGUGCCAUGCUUCCUGCAUUGUUUAAAUAUAGUCAUUCAGGACUUUUUCUGUGAGCACAAAAGCAUUGAGAAUAUGUUAGUGGCUGCUAGGAAAACCUGCCAUCAUUUUAGUCAUUCUGUUAAGGCACGUCAGAUACUGCAAGAGUUCCAAAAUGAUCACCAACUUCCAUGGAAGAAUUUGAAGCAGGAUGAAACUGGCCAUUGGAUUUCUACCUUUUAUAUGUUAAAAUGGCUUUUGGAGCAUUGCUACUCAGUUCACCAUAGUCUCGGUAGAGCCAGUGGAGUUGUGCUUACCUCCCUUCAGUGGACUCUGAUGACUUAUGUUUGUGAUAUUCUUAAGCCAUUUGAGGAGGCCACCCAGAAAGUGAGUGUGAAGACUACAGGAUUGAAUCAGGUGCUACCCCUAAUCCAUCAUCUACUCCUUUCCCUGCAGAAACUCAGAGACGAUUUUCAAGUCAGAGGUAUUACUCAGGCCCUCAAUCUGGUGGACAGUUUAUCUUUCAAACUUGAAACUGACACCCUACUAAGUGCCAUGCUCAAAUCUAAGCCCUGUAUCUUGGCUGCUUUGUUAGAUCCUUGCUUUAAAAACAGUUUGGAAGACUUUUUUCCUCAAGGUGCUGAUUUAGAAACUUACAAGCAGAUCCUUGCUGAAGAGGUUUGUAAUUAUAUGGAAUCUUCGCCAGAGGUCUGCCAAAUUGCAACUUCAGAAGCUUCUGGUUCCUCAGUUACAGUAGGAGCUGAUUCAUUUACCUCAUCUGCAAAAGAAGGAACUUCCAAUUCAGGUUCCAUUGAUAGCUCAGCUGCAGACAGUGUUACCAUUGGAAGCAAAAGCUUUAUGUUUCCUUCUGCUAUAGCAGUAGUGGAUGAGUAUUUCAAAGAGAAGUAUUCAGAGCUCUCAGGAGGUGAUGACCCUUUAAGUUACUGGCAAAGGAAGGUGAGCAUAUGGCCAGCUUUGACCCAAGUUGCCAUUCAUUAUCUAAGUUGCCCCAUGUGUAGUUGGCAAUCUGAAUGUAUCUUUACCACAAAUAGCCACUUUCAUCCAAAGCAGAUCAUGAGCCUGGACUUUGACAAUAUAGAACAGCUGAUGUUUCUGAAAAUGAACUUGAAAAAUGUUAACUAUGAUUAUUCUACAUUGGUUCUUAGCUGGGAUCCUGAGAAUGAAGUUGUUCAAAGCAAUGAAAAAGAAAUAUUACCUUAAUUUCUGUUUCCUUUCUCCAUUUAAAAUGGGCAACUUUUUGCUUUUACUGUAUCCUAAAUUGCUAUAGUUGUUAAAUAUAGUCAUACUGAUUCUUUAAAAAACAAAUCUGGGGAAACCUGAAAACACAAAAAGGGCUGAAAAUUCCUCAGGCAAUAUAAUGUUGAUAAAAUGAAGAUUAAAGAUUUCACAAUUGCAAGUCAAUGUAAUUAGCACUUGAAAAUUUUGUUUAUACCAAUUGAGAGAGAAGAUAUUUUUAAUUAAAAAAAAUAUAUAGUGCAGCAUUAAAAGGCCUUAGGCUACUUCUGGAUAGUAGAUUGACCUAGUAAUUGGUUUUAAGUAAAAGUUUCCCCUAACAUGAGACGUUUGAUUGCUCUAAAACCAAUGAAGUGAGAAAGAAAUGUACCAAGCUGGCAUUCCUCCUCACGUUCCCCCCCCCACCACCAAUUUUUCUACUUCUUUAGAACCCUGAUGCUUACUUACAACUUAGCAGAAAGUAAGCCUAUGAAAUUGUUUUAUAUUUGGGAAUUUCUAAUUUCCUCCUCAUACUGGUCAGUUUAUAAUUUCAGAUUACUGAGUAUGAUAAGAGUUACCCUUUAUAUUUAGCAUUGGACAUAUGUAAAAGGGAACUGUUACAAAACAAAUUAGGAAAAAUUACUUUUAGUUUUUGA